AAUGUAACCAUUCCUCAUUCGUAAGCUCAGUCACAGUAUAGUGAAACAUGGACGCUACAGGGAGAAUGAAAAGAAUCCUUUUCUUGUUGCAUGUUCUCUUUAUGUCAGGUAUGAGUUCUACAACCAUGGUUAACAUCUCUUCAAGUGUGGGCAAGAAUGUCAGUUUACCAUGUGCUGUGAAUUCAGACGAUAACAUCGUUGUCCAGAUUCAAUGGCAGAAACAGGUGGGUCAUGACCAGGAGGAGCAAAUUGUGAUCUACAAUCCAUCUCAUGGAGAAUACAAAUCACCAGGUCACAAGGGAAGACUAAGAGCCAUUAAUGCUUCAAGUGGUCGGCCAGAGAGCUUUCAUUUGGACCUGGAGGACCUGGAGCUGCAGGACAGUGCUAUUUAUAUUUGUGACAUCAAUACUUUCCCAUCUGGAGCCAGCAGACAAUAUGUGAAUUUGCAAGUCAAAGGUGAAGAGGAUGGAAGUACGCCUGCACAUCGACCGACAACAGAGGUGCCUGCCAGUCAUAGCUCAAGGCCGCUUGAGGGGACACCACUGUAUCCAACCAGGUCAAGCAGCUCAACAGCAGCCAGGAACAGUGACGCUUUGUCAGCCACCCCAAACACUGAAAGACCCUCUACCCCCUCAGACUCUUCCUCCAGCAGCAAAGAGUCAAAGACUAGUUCUGUGUCUCUGUCCUUCGCCAGUAGCACAAAGGAACCCCAAACUACCACAAGGUCCUUGCUACUGCAGGACAGCAAUGUCACAGUCACACAACGUGACCCCAUGGCAUGGACAAAGUAUGAACAAAGUACAGCGUCUGACGAGCAGAAUGCCAGUGUUGAGUCUCUACCAAAUGCAACAACAGAGUUCCAAACUGCAAUGGGGACGCUAGAGUCAAGGGUGAACAACAUCACAGACUCACAACAUGAGCCAGGCUUGGGCACACAGAAGAAUGCACAUGAGACUGUGGCCAUUGUUACAUCAUCAGACAGCCAGAACCAUGGCAACACCUUCACUGGAGCAGUAUGGCCGCAAACCACUAAGCCUGGCCUGUCACCCAAAGUAACAACAGCCAGCGGAGAAAGAUACUAUCCAGUCUUCAUCAUCCUGCCCUUUCUGAGCGUGCUCAUCAUCAUAGGGCUUCUCUACCGCAGAUACCUCAUUCAGAAGAGAAUGGACCUUCCUCCACCUUUCAAACCCCCACCACCACCGGUAAAAUACACCUCCGUCAGAACUCAGGAGAUUCUUAUGACAGACAUCCUGGUGUGAUGGACCACCACACCAAACAAACCAAAAGGGAGAAUCUGGAGAGUCUCGACCUGCACAUAGUGUACAUCCUCAUCGUGCACAUUGUGUACAUCCUCAUCGUGCACAUCGUGUACAUCCUCAUCGUGCACAUAGUGUACAUCCUCAUCGUGUACAUAGUGUACAUCCUCAUCGUGUACAUAGUGUACAUCCUCAUCGUGUACAUAGUGUACAUCCUCAUCGGGUACAUAGUGUACAUUCUCAUCGUGUUUUAGCUCGACCUGCACGUAGUGUACAUUCUCAUCGUGCUUUAUGCAAAUAAAAAUGUAGCUCAGUUGAUAGCGUAAGGUUCUAGCAACACCACAGGCCAAGGUCAUAGGAUCAGUACCCAAGGAGUGUGUACUAGGAACAAAAAGUGUACAAUACCACACAUUUCUAAGCUUAAAUGUCUGCCAGGUGACAAAACCGGAAGGAUUCUGAUGUGUUUUUUUUACAUCAAAGGCGCAAUUGUUGGAGCACAAUCUAUGAGAGUGGAGCUUUAUUACACUGUAAACUUUUAUAUAUAACACAGUUUUCCAGUGGUAUCCACAUUCAGCUUGGUUAUUGUGCAAAGUCCUCUAGUUUAACCAGUGUUUCUGGUUGUAGUAGCUUGUAUUUAGCUUAGAAUGAGCAAACUUCUAGACAUACUGAGACAAAGGGUCAGUGGAACUAUGGAGUGAGUUCAAAUAGAACUAGCAACCUGAGGUUGUGCUGAGCAACCGGAGACCUGAAUAGAAAUAUCCUGCAGAUGUACAUAUUUAGGUUAAAGUUGUGGUGAAAUCGUGUUGAUAACUGUGAUGGUAACAAGCAAUAUGGUAAGGUAGUGGUAGUGGUACGAUACUGCUGCUACUGCCAUUGUUGACACAGUGCAAAGCAGAGUUCACAUAAGUGCCUGUAACUGUGGUGUUGUUUCUUUUAGAUGUUUUGUAUAUUGUAUGUGCCAUUUUAUAUGUAAUGUUACAAUGGUGAUUUUUGUAGGAUUGUUAACAGUCCUACUAAUGAUAUGUUUUCCAGCUUGGACAGUGUGAAAUAAAGCAGAACAGAACUCCUACAGAGAGAACCCAUUAGGACACUUUUUUGCUGAAGUAACAGGCACAUAUCCAAGUUUUAUAUAAGUAUAUUAGUAUUGGAGCAUUAUCGUAAUAAAUUGUUAUAUAAUGAUAUCACACAUGUAGUACAGAUACUCGUGAGUGACACUAGAUCCCCUGUGUUUAAGCCUUCUUCCUAGCACACCAGUCCCAUACUCAAUGUUACUGGUUCAAUUCAAAUGUUUUACUUUGUCUUCCACAACAGAGGUUUUACUAUGUAUUUCACAACAGAGGUUAUAUUGAUUCUAAAAGGAACAUGAAACAUGGGACAUGACUGACUAUAUUUGAACAGAAGCACCUCGAGUGUUCCUCUUAAAGAGAAACUUCGGGAUUAUUUAACCUUGGCCCAAUUUUCCAGUUAUAGAAUUCUAACUCAAUACUGGACUGAUGUCAAUCAUGUAAGAGUUUGGACCCAAAAUGAUCUUAAAAUAGGGCCCCGGUUUUAAAAAUCAAAGAUUCCCUUUAAAAGCUGCAGGUGUCUGAACCCUAAAAGGAAAGAAGAAGUUGAGCUGAUCACCUCUUCCUGCUGGUUGAAUGGCUUCAUUGCGAUGAUCUUCUGGCGUUAAUCCUCUAGAGUAGGAAGUUUGGCAGGCCAGGCAUUACUUCCUCACCAGUGACCAAACGGAUAUGCAGACCGCUACACAGGCACCAGUGUUAGAGGGCAACCAUGCCUCAGUUUCACACCAUGAAACAAGAUCACAGAGAACCACUGAAGAACAUGAGCACGAUUUUCUGAUAAAUGCCAUGCUGAAGUUUCAGGUGAAUAAACAAUACAUUUAAUAUAAUCUGACAACCAUGGGCAUUUGUAUUUCUCACAGAGACUGUUGCUGGGAACAUUAUGGUCAACAGCGGUUGUGCAACUAAAGCCAUGUGUGAACUAAGAGAAGACAUUUCUGAUGUGGUGGGGCCUGUGGUAGUUGGGGAGGUGUCCUGCUGUCAAGGGAACAUUUGCAGUGGUAGUGGCAUCCAGAUGUGCGUAUAUCAAACACAAAGGGAUUCAGUCGGCUGUUACACUAACGUGUUAUUCACAGUAAAGCCACAGGUCAAUAGUGUGACCUCACGUCAGGCCCUAAGUCUCCACAAAGGUGACAACUCAGCUUUAAAACAAAAUAACUUUGUUCCGUUUUUAAUCAAACUUCAUUCCUCUAUGGGAUGUUAUAAUAUAAAAUGCACAAAACUGAUAUAAGGUAAUUACAGUAAUUACCCAACAGAA